AUGGACGCAUCGGCAGAAUUGGAACAAUUUUUCGGUGUGUAUUUACUGUAUAACGUCAACCCACAGUUUAAAGGCAGGACUUAUAUUGGAUUCACGGUGAACCCAAACAGGCGAAUCCAACAACAUAACAAAGGGAAACAGGCAGGCGGGGCCUGGAGGACGCAUGGUCGGGGACCGUGGGAAAUGGUGCUUGUCAUUCAUGGGUUUCCAAAUGAGAUCUCAGCAUUGCGAUUCGAAUGGGCGUGGCAAAAUCCAAAGAAGUCUAGAAGGUUGAAACAUUUACCCGCAAAAACGAAGAAAGAGACACCGUUUCAGUAUAAAUUCCGAAUUGUCUCUGUCAUGCUAAAUACGUGCCCCUGGUGCAGGUUUGCAUUAACCAUUCGGUGGUUAAAACAGCAGUACAUUCAGGACUUUUCCCUGGAGUUCAGUCCGCCAGCGCACAUGCCCAUAGCAUACGGUCCCAUUAGAAUAAAAAAGAAUGCAGCAAAUAAAAAAAGUAAAUCGGGGGCAUCCGACAGUCAAGGUGAUGACGAUGAAUUACUGAGUCUCCUCAGGAAAAACGAGAAACACAUCAGGUGCAGUAUUUGUAGAGAGCGUUUGAAGGCCAGUGAUAGUAAUCUGAAGUGUGUUCAUCCAAAGUGUUCAAUGCAGGCCCAUAUCAUAUGCUUGGCCAAGCGGUUUCUUACAAACCAGCCUGGACAGAUCAUUCCAGUGGACGGGAAGUGUCCUUUGUGUCGGGCAGUAAUCCUGUGGGGAGAUCUGAUCCGGGCCAAACAAGGCUGCUAUCAAAACUUGGAGGAAUGUACGAGUGCAGAAGAGGACAUGGGGGAAGACGACUGGACAGAAGAACUGCAGAGUCAGGUCACCUGAUCUCGGCUCCGCACGACUCGGGUUGGAAUGGUACAAGACCUCCUACUACUACUAUUACAGACACAAUUAUGUGUGCUAGCUCUUGGGAUGGGAAUACCGGUACAUCAAAGUCAUGAGUGAAAAACUAUGUUGAUGUCAAAUUAUGAAGAGUGUCAUUUUCUACAUGUAUGUGGACAGCGAGUGGUUUUGUACAUGCAUGUAUUUUAUUGUAAAAAUAUGUGAUUUACUUUUAGAAAGUACAGACUACAUACACUGUACAAGACCUUUCUAAGCUCAACAAGUUCCAACUUUGCUUAGCCAAGGUUACAGGUAACCACAUGGUGCUUGGUCAGUAUUGUAUGCGUCCUAUCAAUAUUGCUUGAUCAAUAUUGCAAGUGUAUAUAUACACUUGCUCCAUAUUUUUAUGAUACACAUCUGUGGGGUAGCUGUUCAAUGAGACCAAUGUGAAAUAUAUCGCAUAUUGUCCCCUGGCAAUAAAACAAUGUAAUUAAAAUUAGAUGUUGGAUCCACUCGCGUAUAACAUCUAAUUUUAAUUAGAUUGGCAAUAAAAUAGACUUACAAUUUGAA